AUGCCCUCCUCGCACCCAUCGUCCUCGCCUCAAGCAACGCCCUCACAAUCGCAGCCGCAAUCCCAACCGCAACACCAGCAAGUAACAGAGCAGCAACUGAAAUCUCGGGCUGAGAAUGGUGUUAAAGUUGAGGACUACCUCCUCCCCCGCAGCCUAACCGCGCGCCUCGCAAAAUCCGUACUACCCCCAAACACCACAAUCCAAAAAGACGCCCUCCUAGCCAUGCAAAAGGCCGCUACGGUGUUUGUCUCAUAUUUAUCUUCUCAUGCAAACGAAGCAACCCUGAAACGAACCGUCGCGCCGACAGAUGUAUUCAGCGCGAUUGAGGAGUUGGAGUUUAGGGGGUUUAGGGAGAGACUGGAAAAAGAAUUGGAUGUUUAUACGGAGGUUAAAGCGGGGAAGAGAAAGAAGGCCGGGCCCGGUGGUGCUGCAGCAGCAGAGCAGAAGGGUGAGGAGAAAAUGGAUGAGGAGGAGAGUGGUGUUCGUGGUGCGAAGAGGGUGAAGAGGGUUGGUGAGGGUGAACCCGGACAGACUAAGGGUGAUGAUGGCGAAGGAGAGGGUGAUGACGAUGAGCCUGAACCGGAAGAGGAAGAGGAUAUCGAGGAAGAGGAGGCAGAGGACGAUGAGGACGAUGAAGAGGAAGAGGAGGAAGGAGAGGAAGCACAAGAAGAUGAUAUCAAUCUGGUCGAAGAUCUGGAUCGGGACUCCCACGCGCAACGCACCAUGGAUCCCGAUGCUGGUGCUGAUAGUGACUCGGACGAUGAAGAAGGGGGUUCGCAGUUGCGUGGGGAUAUGGGAAUGGAUUAG